GAAACACCCCCGGGCCCACACGUUCUACUCCACCACCAGCGGAACAGAUGGUUAUCUCCCCCGUGAGAACCAAGAUCAGGGUCGAGACACAAAUAGCUCUUCUUUUUAGGGUUUUCAUUUCUCAACCCUCUAAAUCUCCCUAAAUCCCAGGGUUUUAGUAACUAAGAGGGAAUAAAAGCAAAAAUGUCUCCGGUUGAAUCAUCUCGGGAGGACAAUGUUUAUGUGGCCAAGCUCGCUGAGCAGGCUGAAAGGUAUGACGAGAUGGUUGAAGCCAUGGAGAAGGUUGUCAAGGCGGUUGACACUGAGGAACUCACUGUUGAGGAGCGCAACUUGCUUUCUGUAGCUUACAAGAAUGUGAUCGGUGCCCGUCGUGCUUCAUGGCGUAUCAUCUCCUCCAUUGAGCAGAAGGAGGAGAGUCGCGGGAAUGAGGAUCAUGUGUCCCUGAUCAAGGAGUAUCGGGGAAAGAUCGAGGCUGAGCUCAGCAAGAUCUGUGAUGGUAUUCUGAAAUUGCUUGAGUCUCAUCUCAUCCCAUCCUCCACUGCUGCAGAAUCCAAGGUCUUCUACCUCAAGAUGAAGGGUGACUACCAUAGGUACCUUGCGGAGUUUAAGACAGGAACGGAGAGAAAGGAGGCUGCAGAGAACACUCUCUUGGCAUAUAAGUCUGCGCAAGAUAUUGCUCUGCCUGAACUGGCUCCUACUCAUCCGAUAAGGCUUGGACUUGCUCUUAACUUCUCAGUCUUCUACUAUGAGAUUCUGAACUCUCCUGAUCGGGCAUGCAAUCUCGCUAAGCAGGCCUUUGAUGAGGCAAUCUCAGAGCUGGACACCCUGGGUGAGGAGUCUUACAAGGACAGCACAUUGAUCAUGCAGCUUCUUCGGGACAACCUCACUCUAUGGACCUCUGACAUCUCGGAGGAUCCUGAGGAUUCAAUGAGGGACGCCACAAAAGGUGAAACCGGCGAUGGUCAUUAAUCCUGGAGCUUGUGACACUAGAAUCGGUGGUAAAUUUCAGGUUCUUUUGUGUCGUAGAUGUUGUGGAAAAUCUAUAUAAAGUUGGACAUUAUCACUCAAAAUGACAGCAGAAUGGUUUGGCGAUCAACAAACUUAGUUGGGCCUUUUAAGUCGAAUUUGUUCUAAUGAUUGUUAAUGAUUCUGUUGCUCUUUUAUGCAUAUCUUUUCUUGAAUUAGCUUGUUAUAUUCAGAAGUGGUCUGCAUGGGUGAAGUGAAACUUAGCUGUAUUCUUGAACUUGGACUAGUAUUAUGAAUGAUCAGCUUGACUUGUUAUGUUCAAA